AAACCUUACGAUAGAGAUUAAUCUGGGUGAUAAACAAAUACUGAAACCACUAGUUUAAGAAACAUAUAUUAAUUAUUAAUAUAUGUGAGGAUCGAUCCUCUCGCCUUUCGCCAUACAACAGUAUCAACAGUCAGUAUUAAUAUUUCACGAUCGAUCCACCCAUUCGACGUCAGCUGGAUUGGAUUUGAACUGUGACUCAUUUAUUGUGACCACCAUAAACGGUCGAAUCAGAACUACAGAGAUAAGAACAGCUUUCUAAAGGCACGUGUUCCAGGUUCUGCUUCAGUUAUAGCUCUGUAUCUGAUAUAUCAAACCAUUUGUCAGGAUGAACGAACCAGAAAACACAUCCAGAUGUCAAGGGUGCCUGAACUGUUUUCGUUUUUUACCUGUACACAUUUCAAGAGAAAUUGUAAACUUAUGCUCACUAGCUCUGCCUGUGUUUUUGUCCUAUCUUUUCGACUAUUUGAUUAUUUUUGUAAGCACUGUGUUCUGUGGGCACCUGGGAAAAGUAGAGCUUGAUGGUGUGACUCUUGCCACAGCUGUCAUCAGUGUUAUGGGUAUUGGUAUUGGUUAUGGCUUGUCCGCAGCAUGUGACACACUGAUUUCUCAGGCUUUUGGAGCUGGUAACUUGCAUCUAGUUGGUCUUAUAACUCAGAAAGCCAUUUUAAUUCUGCUGCUCGCAUGUUUGCCAUGCUGUGCAUUUCUUAUCAAUACAGAGUCAAUAUUACUGCUUGUAGGGCAAAGCCCAGAGGUUGCCAGAGUAUCUCAGCUGUAUGUGAACAUAUUUUUGCCUGGUCUUCCGGCUGCUUUCGUGUUCAUUAUUGAAGCAAAAUAUCUACAGAAUCAGGGAAUUAUUUGGCCGCUGGUCAUUACUGGCGUAGUGGCAAAUCUCCUAAAUGCUUUAAUCAACUAUAUCUUCCUCUUUGUCCUGGACCUGGGUGUUCCUGGAUCAGCAGCUGCUAAUACAAUCUCACAGUACAGUUUGGCGAUCAUAUUGUUUAUCUACAUCCGAUGCAUGGGCCUUCAUAAGGAUACUUGGCCUGGUUGGUCGAUGGACUGUUUGCAGGAGUGGGACUCAUUCAUCCAUCUGGCCAUUCCAAGUAUGCUCAUGAUGUGUGCAGAGUGGUGGACUUAUGAGAUUGGAGGACUGCUGUCAGGUCUGAUAAGUGAGGUGGAGCUCGGAGCACAGUCAGUUGUGUAUGGACUAGCGAAUAUUGCAUAUAUGUUCCCUAUAGGGUUCAGUGUAGCUGGCAAUGUGAGGGUGGGCAAUGCCAUGGGAGCAGGAGAUGUUGCCCAAGCCAAGCUCUCUGCCAAACUCUCUAUGAUUUGUGCAGUCUCUGUUGCAGUGGUUUUGGCAACUGUCGUUGGUUCCUCAAGGAAUGUAAUUGGUUAUAUCUUCACAAAUGACAAAGACAUCACAAUGAGGGUUGCCACGGUAAUGGUUUUAUUCGCUCCGUUCCAUCUUCUUGACGCCACAGCGGCAGCAAGUGGCAGUAUAGUGAAAGCUCUGGGCAAGCAGAAGAUUGGGGCAGUCUGCAACCUUGUUGGAUAUUAUGCUGUUGGCUUUCCUAUUGGAAUAUCCCUGAUGUUUGCUGCGAAAUGGGGAAUUUUUGGUCUGUGGACUGGUCUGUUAAUUUCCGUCUUUCUUCAGUCAGUGUUCCUCAUCGCCCUUCUUCUCAAACUUAACUGGAAGAAAGCCUCUGAAGAGGCACAGAUCAGGGCUGGUGUACUGACGAGAGGGGCGGAUGAUGGUGCGCAUGAGGAUGGCGGAUAUAUUGAAGGCUGUGAUGCGAAUAAUACCACAGACAUGGAUGGGGUAGUAAUUGAGGAGACUGCAACACUAGUUGCUACAGUGAGGGUGCAGCUGCCAUUGAGUGUGUUAGUGCUGCGCCGCGGUCUGGCUCUGGCAACUAUGCUUGCGCUCCUAGCUGCUGGACUCUCCGUUAGGUUCUUUCUAAAGAGAUGAUGUUAGAACAGCUGAAGGAUUGGUACUGGGGAAAUGUUAGAGUGUCUUAAAGCAGAUAAAGAGUCCAGCUAUUGCGUGUCUGGGUGCUACCCAAAAGCAACCAGUGUGUUUUGUACUGUAUCUACAGGACAGAAGAGGCAUGUCAGGCACAAAGCAGAGCAACUUUCUGGGAUGUCAGUCAUUGUCCAGGCAUUAAAUAUCCACUCACUGUUUUGUUUACAUGACAUUGGCCAUGUCAUUUUGUACUUACUCCUUUUGUAUUUAUUUAUUUUUUAAUAUGUUGUUUACUCAAACAAAAACGACUUGUACAAUCCCGAGUCCUGCAAUAAAUCCAGCAUAUAAGGCUAUGCUCUCAGUCCCA